AUGAAAAAGUCAGUGGCACGCGUGUACGCGGACUACAAUCUCAAAAUGCCCAGCUCGUAUUGGGACUACGACAACGUGACGGUGCUUUGGGGCACCCAGUCCAACUACGAGGUUGUACGCAAAAUCGGGCGCGGCAAAUACUCGGAGGCGUUUGAAGGGAUCAACAUCAACACGAACGGGAGGUGCGUGAUCAAGGUGCUCAAGCCGGUGAAGAAGAAGAAAAUCAAGCGGGAAAUCAAGAUCUUACAGAACCUGGCUGGAGGCGUCAACGUGGUGACCCUGCUGGACGUGGUGCGCGACCCGCUCUCGAAAACGCCGUCUCUUAUUUUUGAAUAUGUCGACAACACCGACUUCCGUGUCCUGUACCCUAAGCUAACCGACUACGAGAUCCGCUACUACAUCAACGAGCUGCUCAAGGCGCUUGACUUUUGCCAUUCCAAGGGCAUCAUGCACCGCGAUGUCAAGCCCCACAACGUGAUGAUUGACCACGAGAAAAAAGUGCUGCGCCUUAUUGACUGGGGCCUGGCCGAAUUCUACCAUGUCGGAAUGGAAUACAAUGUACGUGUGGCCUCUCGUUGUUUCAAGGGCCCUGAGUUGCUGGUCGACUUGCAGAUGUACGACUAUUCGCUCGACAUGUGGUCUCUGGGAGCGAUGUUUGCCGCGAUGAUCUUCCGCAAAGACCCCUUCUUCCACGGCACCUCUAAUACCGACCAGCUGGUCAAGAUCGCAAAAGUCCUGGGUACCGACGACCUCUACCGCUACCUCGACAAGUACGAGCUCAAGCUGUCCCACGAGUACGACGACUUGAUCGGCAACUUCCCCCGCAAGGCCUGGUCCUCGUUCAUCAAGCAAGAAAACCGCGCCCUCGCCCAGCCGGAUGCCAUAGAUUUCUGCGACAAGCUCUUGCGCUACGACCACCAGGAGCGUCUCACCGCUCGCGAAGCAAUGGGCCAUCCCUAUUUCGCUCCCUUGAAAAAGAAAUAA